AAACCGCGUCCAAUUGAAGCUACAGUGAAACGGUGCAGCCCAAAUCAGCGGGAAAGCCAGAGAGAAGAGGAUAAAGAAAGCCACAGAGAUACAAGGUUCGACCUCCCUUAUUCGUUCUCUCUUUCCCCUGAAACCCUAAUCUUCCAGUACGGUGGUGAUUUCUUUGAUUGGGCGUGGCGUUGAAUGGAGAAUAGAGGAGUUAGCAACAUCUGGGGACUCCUCUCUCUAAAUCGUUUCGUUAUCCGACCCUUUGUUGACUGAGGAUUCCUUGGAGUUGAGAAACUCAUUCUUGAUGGAAUGUACGGGAGUAAGAACUUGUCUCUGAACUCUAAUGGAUCUUGAGAUAUAAAAAUUCUGAAGGAAGGUUCCCCUUACCUUUCUAGUUGUUUUGCUGAAAUUGACGUUGCUUUGUUGCUAAAAGGCUGAAAUAAUGACUGCUUGUAAUUAUGUUUCCAGGAGGGUAAUCCUUCUGAUCCCACAACUUCCUGAAUCCUGGUUCUUGCUAAUUAAGCUUGUUGGCAGCUUUGUCUUAUGGUUUUCUUUCUCAAUUUAAAUAAAAAAUGAAUUUUGUGAUCUUUUUGAAUCCUGUUAAUUAAUGCUUCAAUUUCAGUGUCUUAAGUGUUAGUAUCCUUCUAGAAUUAUUUGACUGUUAAUGGUGAAAGCUUGAAAGACAUUGAUCAAAGUUGGUGCUCGGAUAGUCUUCCUAAGAAACAACAGUACAUUUAUCAGAGAGACACCAAGUGUUCCUUAAAUGAAAACAAUGACACCAAAUAUUCCUUAAAUGAAAACAAUGGAUGGAUGGAUUUCAUGCCUACAUAUAUUUUGUGCUGAGCCUGUCUUCCUUCCAAACAAUAUCUUGCAAUCAAUUCAUUUUUACCUGAUCUUGCAGAUCCUUGACGCAUUUUCAAAUUGUGUUUUAUCUCCAAAUAAAGAAUCUACAGUUGUCCUAUUCUUCCUGGUUACUGGAGUAAGCAUUUUCUUCACUGUAAAUGUGCAUGGAUGACAGUGGUGACCAUGCAUCAGCCCCUCUUGCUAGCUUUCUCUAUGGUAGUUUGUACAUGUUUAGAUGCUUUCAUUUAUUUGCUCUGUCUUCUUCUCUUGGCAACUGUUUUGGGGGUGAUCCUGCAUAAUGACAGUACAAUUGGAAAAUUGUUAUUUGUAACAUUCCUGUAGCAUUUGUAGGUUCAAAUGAAGAAAAAUUACCAAAAUAGCUGACUCUAUCAAUUUAUAAGGGAGCAAAACUGUGUUUUAAGUUUAUUGAUCAAAUUUAUGUUCUGCAUUUCACCUUUUUUUUUUAUUAGUUAUGUUUCCUCUAUUUAAUAUAGGUGGUGGUCAUCUUGUCAAAAAAGUUAAAAAGUUUGACAAAGUCAUGCAGUGAACAUUCUAUCAAGCAUGAUAAUGUUUCUCUUCAGGAUGAAAUAUUUUCUGUCAACAGAUUGGCUUGCUGGGGGAUUAACAUUCUUCUCCUUUCAUGAUUUUGAGACUGAUGGAGGAUGUCAUACAAGGUUUAGAACGAGAAAGGUCAGAGUCCUAUUAUUCU